AUUAGAACGCGUGUACUACAACUGCUGUCACGCAACAGCUGACGGUGGCUGCGGUCACAACAGCUGAUUGUGCAGCUGACCGGCUGAGUUGGAAUAAAUAAAACAUCAUGACAAAACAGCUCAUAGAAGGGGAUAAUCUUUUCUCUCUGCGCGCGCAGAAACAGUGACAUUGCAAAGAUUUGUUAAUCUAUAAAGAACACACAAGACUCUUGAACCCAUCUCUCCCUGUUAUACUUGAUUGAUGUAAUUAAUGACACGAUGUUAAGGAAGUUUUUCUCACAACUUCAAUUGAGUACCCGACGUUGCGGAAUGAAGAUGGAAUUGAAUCCCAUUAAACGCGGAAUGUCAUCCACUUUGUAUGCGGUACGGAGUUCAAUGCCUGUGGACGAAGAUCUGCGAAAAAUCUUUGAGCUCAGAAACACGAAGAUCAGCAACUGGAUCAUAGAGGACAAAGCACGUGCGCUAUGUGCCAGGUAUACCGAAAACGACAAGGAGAACCGUCAGCGGAUCUUGCGCACGCUAGCUUCGCGGUACGCGGUGCAACAUGACAAUAUCUGCCAAGUAGCAAAAAAGUUGCUCUGUACCGAGUCGGAAAACGUUAGGCAAAUUGUUGUUCACGAGAGAACUCUGAGAAAUGUUCUCACACCCGCCUACCAUUGGUUAUUCGUUAUUGUGGGAAGAUUACAGAACGGCGUUAAAUUUCUAGUCGAUCUGAGAACCGACGUGCUGGAACUAUUGGCGGAAGUAAACGAUCCCGAGGAAAGUGUAAUAAUACAGGAGUUAAAUCACACGUUGAGAGAUUUGUUUCUGCUCUGGUUUUCAGUGGGUUUUUUACACAUGGAACGAGUAACGUGGGAAAGCGCAUGCGAUAUAUUACAAAAAGUGUCCGACUACGAAGCCAUACAUCCUAUAAAGAAUUGGUUGGAUUUGAAACGCAGAGUCGGCCCGUACAGAAGAUGUUACAUAUUUACACAUCCAUCUAUGCCGAGAGAACCCAUUGUUGUACUGCACACAGCAUUAUGUGACAUCAUACCAGAUAGUGUAAAAGGUAUCGAGGAAGCUGAAAUUAGAAUUCUGGGAAGUGUGAAGAAAGACGUAACGUUUCUUGAAGAAGACAAAUCGAAAAUAAAAGCGGCAAUAUUUUAUUCUAUAGCAUCUACUCAAAAAGGAUUGCAGGGCAUUGAACUGGGCAAUUAUCUGAUAAAGAAAGUAGCUAGCGAGAUAACAACUGAAUUCCCAGCUGUGCAAUUAUUGUCUAGCUUAUCACCUAUUCCGAACUUCAAGUCUUGGUUAUUGGACAAAUUGAAACAAGAUGUCACAUUUAUAUUUUCCAUGCAAGAAUAUGGAACUAUGAAAAGUAUAUUAGAAACGAAAGACGUAGCACUGGCUUUAAAGAGGAUUCUAGGUACUUCGUUAUGGACGAAAGAUAGACAAUUAUCAGAAUCUUUAAAGAAUCCUUUACUUCGAGCGUGUGCCUGGUACUUAUACAAGGAAAAGAGACGCGGUUAUGCUUUAAACAGUGUCGCUAAUUUCCAUUUGCGCAAUGGAGCUGUGAUGUGGCGAAUCAAUUGGAUGGCCGAUCCUUCUCCACGUGGAACGGAAAAUAGUUGCGGCAUAAUGGUCAAUUACAGAUACUUUUUAGACAAGUGUGAAGAAAACAGUCGAAAUUAUAUUGAACAUUUUGUCAUAAAUGCGUCGGAAGAUGUAAUUAAUCUUGCCGCCGAAGCAGAAAAAUCGAGAACUUGCAAGAGUAAGCUGUAACUUUAUAAAAAUAAAAAAAAAAAAAAGGAAUCGUGAAGAUAUAUUUAUUACUGCAGAAAAAAGUAAGAUAAUAAUGACGUUAUAAUAAUAAACAAUUAUG